GACGGCGGCAGCGGGUAGCGCAGCAAGUGGAGGAUCGGGGGCCGGAAGCCGAGAGGCCAGGAGGAUAGGGCAUGCAGGCCAGGCCCUUAUCGGUGGGCUCGCAACGGGUUGCAUGGUCUUGGGGACGCGGGUAGCCACCGUUAUCUUGCAACAGUUGCUACUCCGAGGGAGGUACGCGCAGCUAGCGUCGAGGAUCGAGCGGGGUGAGACAGAUAACAGAUAGAUAGUGGGUGGCAGACAGUGGCAGGCAGGUACAGGACGCGAUAAGGUGCUUCGGUGGAGGGUGGGUGGUAUAAAUAGGCGGUCGGGGAUGGUGCAGAGACGGCAGGAGUUGUGUUGGUGGACGUGGGGACGGAACAGUGUGAGUGGUAGCAGCAGUAACAGCGACAGCGGCAGCGACAGCAAUAGCAGCAUACACUAUUAGGCACACGAUGUCUGAAAAACAAGACUACGACGUUGGUGUGACCAACGCGGACGCCGCAGACAGAGAGUCUGCCAGCGACAUGGUGUCCGGCGGGGAGUAUCUGGAAAAGGGGCUCCCUGCGGACAUGGCGAAGGACCUUACUGCGGUGGAGGACAGCGACGUGGCGUUGCGGAGAAAGAUCCACCUUGUGAACAACGCGAUCGACGAGAUCGGCUUCACAUGGUUCCAUGCUCAGCUCUUCUGCAUCGCCGGGUUCGGGUACUCGGUGGACUCGCAGAUGGCCAUGGUGCAGUCUGCGGUGAAGACGUACGUUGACUACCAGAUGAAGGGCGGCGGGUACCCUAUCUCCACGGAGAUCUACUUUGCCGGUCUGAUCACUGGGUCGGUGGUGUUUGGUUUCGGCGCCGACUUGAUUGGCCGGAAGUUGGCCUUCAACUCGUCGUUGCUCCUCUCCUCCAUCUUCGGCUUCUUCACAGGCGGCACGUCCAGCUACGCCAUGUACUGCAUCUUCAUGUUUCUUUCCACCGUUGCCGCCGGCGGGAACCUCGCCACCGACGUGGCCGUCUUCCUCGAGUUCCUCCCUUCUAAGUACCACUACCUCAACACCUCGAUGGCUGCGUGGUGGGGAGUGGGCCAGACCAUUGCGUCGUUGAUCUCGUGGGCGUUCAUCCCAAACAACUCCUGCUCCGACCCAACAGACUGCCCCUCCCGCAUGAACAGAGGCUGGAGAUACUGCUGGUACACCAACUCCGGAAUCGUGCUAGGCGCCGCGUUGUUGCGUUUGUUCGUGUUGAGACUGGGCGAAACACCCAAGUUUCUUGUUUCCACAGGCAGAGACGAAGAGGCCUACGAGGCCAUCAUGGCUGUUGCCCGAAAGUACAACAGACCGUGCUCGUUGACGUUGGAGCAGCUCAGGGCGUGCGGUGAAGUCGAGCACACCUAUUUUGACACCUCCAAAGUGACCAGCAUCCGGACAGCUUUGCGGGGCUUGUGGCUGACCACACGCACAAACGUUAAAAUCCUUUUCUCAAACAAGUUGGUGAUUAGAUCCACCUGCUUGAUCAUCACGUCCUGGCUCUUCAUUGGAAUCGCCUACUCGGUCUUCUACAACUUCCUAUACAUUUACAUUUCAACACACGGCGGGUCCACUGGAAGCUCCCCUUUUAUCGUCUACAGAAAUGCCACCAUUGAUAACUUUGUUGGUAUUUUUGGCCCAAUCCUUGCGGGUGCCCUGAUCUUGAUCCCUAGAGUGGGAAGAAGAGGUACGAUGAUUUUUGGUUCGUUAUCGUGCAUGGCCAUCUUGUUUGCCUACACCACUUGCAGAACACCUAGUGCAGAUGCUGGGUUUGGUUCUGCUACCUACUUUUUCAUCAACAUUUAUUACUCAUGCUUGUACGCCUACACCCCAGAGGUGUUUCCAACGAGAGCCCGUGCUACCGGGGUCGCACUCUGUUUGGUUGCUGACAGAAUAGCAAGUGCAUUUUCACCCGUCAUUUACUGGUACGGUUCCCAAACUGGGUCGAGUGUUCCAAUCUGGGUAUGUGGUGCAGUUAUUGGAUGUUUAUCUAUUUUGGCAUUUUUCAUGCCCUUCGAACCAAGCAAGAAAAGAAGUGUUUAGAGUUUUUAUUUGUUUCACUUUUUAGAUUUUUUAUACCUUUUUAUACACUUUUCAAAUAAAACUUUGGCAAUG